AUGAAGAUUGAGAUGCUGAAAGGGGUGUCAUAUGCUCUAUGUGUAGUGGAUUGGUUGGGGAUGGAGUGGUUGAGGUGGUUGCUAAAGCUUCGAUGUGUGAUAUUUGAGCUCCAUAUCAAUUUCAAUGAGAGAAAUGACAUUGAGGUUUUUAAUUAUGUGAACUUCAUGGGUGAUUUUGAUGAUGAUGUCAUUGCCAUCAGCGUCCUUGCCUGGGAAGUGCAAAGGGAGGUUGGUGUACAUUGUGAACUCAUGCAAUUGAUCACCGAGUCCUUUGAUCUUGACAAGUGUGGUGGGGAGGAUGGUUAUGUGUGGGUCUUGAUCUGA